AAGAUCGUCUCCUCCUAAUUAAUGAAUUCUUUCGCAACAUAUUGUAUUUUCACCAAUAUUCACCUCCUCGUAUAUUUCAUUCAUAAAGUUUAAUUUCAUUAUCGAAUUUUAGGCAUAUCCAUCCUCAAAUCGAGAAAAACAAAACAAGCAGCAUGAGGACGACACGGAGGCCGAUCCACGCCGUGUCGACAUGGGUCCGCCGGCAACCGCCAAAGGUAAAGGCUUUUCUGGCGGUCGUCACCGGCAUGGCGGCGCUUGUUCUCCUACGUGCCAUCGUUCACGAUCACGAUAACCUCUUCGUUGCCGCUGAGGCUGUUCAUUCCAUUGGAAUCUCAGUUCUCAUCUAUAAGCUCAUGAAAGAGAAAACUUGUGCCGGGCUUUCACUCAAAUCGCAGGAGCUCACUGCUAUGUUUUUGGCUGUUAGACUGUAUUGCAGUUUUGUCAUGGAAUAUGAUAUCCACACUUUACUUGAUUUAGCUACAUUGGCUACGACCUUGUGGGUUAUUUAUAUGAUCCGUUUUAAGCUUAAAUCAAGUUACAUGGAGGACAAAGACAAUUUUUUAAUCUAUUACGUGGUGAUCCCUUGUGCUGCAUUAGCUUUAUUAAUUCAUCCAUCUACAUCACAUCUCUUCGUUAAUAGAGUCUUCUGGGCUUUCUNUUAUUUGGAUAUCAAAACUUGUCAGAUAACUUUAUUUGAAUGUCAUUCAUAUUUCCUGGAUGGAGCUGCAUUUUAUGAUUUUACCCAGCAUGCUUCUGAUUUCUUCUUGGCUUUGUGUCAGGUCUUGGACAGUCGCGGUCAUCUGCUGGUUGCAUUGGGUCAUGGUCUAUGGCCUUCAAUGGUUCUUAUAUCCGAAAUUGUUCAAACCUUUAUCUUAGCAGACUUCUGUUACUACUAUGUUAAAAGUGUUUUCGGUGGACAGCUGGUCAUGCGCCUUCCUUCUGGAGUAGUGUAACUGAUGAUUGUGCUAGUCAUGGACAGAAAUUUCACAUACGUUUGUUGCCUCCUUUUGCUUAUCUUUGGUCUCUCUACUAGGUCAAAAUCUGGUCUAGGGCUCUCCAGGCGUAAAAUCAAGAGUGCGGUGGUCUGUGAAGUUAGUAUUAUCUAAAAUAUUUUCUGGUAAUCCUAGAUUAUACUUUACUUUUUUAGCAGUUAGCAUUGUCCUAAAAUUAAGCAGUUGAUUUUCUCUCAAUGCUAGAUUACUUUACUUUGUUAGCACAGUUAGCACUAACAUCAUAUGGCUUUCAGAUAUGUACUCAUUUUUGUACUUAUGUACCACAAUGAAUGAUUAAUGAUUCUGAUUCCGACACAA